AAAUGUCAAAAAGUUGAAGAAGAAGUGAACAGCUGUAAAGAUGGCGGUGGAGUGUAAUUACAGAACAGGGCUUAUAAUCAAACACCACUGCGUACUUUGAAACCCCGCUGCUGUCCUUGGGUUUUUGUUUGUGUGGGCGUGAGUCGGUGUCCGAAUGGCUCACCGCUACCUGCGGCUGUCUGCCGGCAGCAGGGCCGUCCUCCGGCUGCUGCUGCCCUCCAGCACUGCAGGCAGAAAACAGCUGAUGUUUCAGUCCACUGCUGGACAGGCAGUGAGGGGGCAGAGCCUACUGAGUGACCUGCUGGGAGCCUACAGGAGGCUGAGUUCCAGACCACCCAAAGGUUUUGAAAAGUAUUUUCCUGACAGUCAGAAAACAACAAAGAACAAUGAAGCUGAACCUGCAGCCAAAGAGACCAAACCUGCCAAUGCCCAGAGGGCUUCUGGGAAAUCAGGAGGUGGAGGAGCAGGUGGAGGAGGAGGAGCAGGCGGAGGAGGUGGAGGAGGAGGAGGAAAACGGGGAAGUCGGAAAGAGGAGUCCCACUGGUACAGACGCCUGGAGAAGGGAGACUUUCCGUGGGAAGAUAAGGAGUUUCGGAUGUACUUCCUGUGUGGUGUUGCAUUCUGGGCGACUGUCGGCUAUUACUUCUUCAUCAGAGACGGAGGCAGAGAGGUCACCUGGAAGGACUUCGUCAACAGCUACCUGUCCAAAGGAGUGGUCGACCGUUUAGAGGUGGUCAACAAACGAUAUGUCAAAGUGGUCUUCGCUCCUGGGAAGACACCAGUGGAUGGGCAGUACGUCUGGUUCAAUAUCGGCAGCGUGGACACUUUCGAGAGGAAUCUGGAGACGGCGCAGUAUGAGCUCGGCAUCGAGGGGGAAAACAGGGUGCCUGUGGUUUAUUCGACUGAGAGCGACGGAACGUUCCUUCUGAGCAUGCUCCCCACGGUACUCAUCAUCGGCUUCCUGCUGUUCAUGCUGCGGCGGGGCCCGGCAGGGGCGGGGCGUCCCGGGCGGGGGAUGGGCGGUCUGUUCAGUGUCAGCGAGACCACCGCCAAAAUCCUGAAAGACGAGAUCGACGUCAAGUUCAAAGACGUGGCGGGCUGCGAAGAGGCCAAACUGGAGAUUAUGGAGUUCGUCAACUUCCUGAAGAAUCCCAAACAAUACCAAGACCUGGGAGCCAAGAUCCCCAAGGGGGCCAUCCUCACCGGUCCUCCUGGAACAGGUAAAACUCUUCUGGCCAAAGCGACAGCAGGUGAAGCCAACGUUCCCUUCAUCACUGUCAACGGAUCGGAGUUCCUGGAGAUGUUUGUAGGCGUCGGCCCCGCCAGGGUCAGAGAUCUGUUCGUCAUGGCGAGGAAGAACGCUCCCUGCAUCCUCUUCAUCGAUGAGAUCGACGCAGUGGGACGCAAAAGGGGGCGGGGCAACUUUGGCGGCCAGAGCGAGCAGGAGAACACUCUGAACCAGCUGCUAGUGGAGAUGGACGGCUUCAACACGGCCACCAACGUGGUGGUCCUGGCUGGAACCAACAGACCAGACAUCCUGGACCCGGCUCUGAUGAGACCGGGGCGCUUUGACCGGCAGAUCUACAUCGGUCCACCGGACAUCAAGGGACGAGCGUCCAUCUUUAAAGUCCACCUGCGUCCUCUGAAGCUGGAAGCCAACAUGGACAAGGACGCUCUGGCUAAAAAGAUGGCGGCCCUCACACCUGGUUUCUCUGGUGCUGACAUCGCUAAUGUCUGUAACGAGGCGGCUCUGAUUGCCGCCCGCCAUCUGUCGGACGCUAUCGACCAGAAACACUUCGAACAGGCCAUUGAGAGGGUGAUUGGAGGUCUGGAGAAGAAGACUCAGGUCCUUCAGCCGGAAGAGAAGAAGACGGUGGCCUAUCACGAGGCAGGACACGCUGUGGCCGGAUGGUUUCUGGAACACGCCGACCCUCUGCUGAAGGUGUCAAUCAUCCCACGGGGAAGGGGCCUGGGCUAUGCUCAGUACCUGCCCAAAGAGCAGUACCUGUACACCAAGGAGCAGCUGUUGGACCGCAUGUGCAUGACCCUGGGAGGACGAGUGUCUGAGGAGCUCUUCUUUGGACGGAUCACCACCGGAGCCCAGGACGACCUGCGGAAGGUCACGCAGAGCGCCUACGCACAGAUUGUCCAGUUUGGGAUGAACCCGAAGGUGGGUCAGGUGUCCUUCGACCUCCCACGGCAGGGAGAGAUGGUUCUGGAGAAACCAUACAGCGAGGCCACGGCUCGGCUGAUCGACACUGAGGUCCGAACGCUCAUCAGUGAAGCGUAUCAGAGAACACACCAGCUGCUGAGCGACAAGAAGGCCGAGGUGGAGAAGGUGGCACUGCGGCUCCUGGAGAAGGAGGUUCUGGAUAAGAGCGACAUGCUGGAACUCUUGGGGAAACGUCCGUUUGCAGAGAAGUCAACGUACGAGGAGUUUGUGGAGGGAACGGGAGGUGAGGACGAGGACACAACGCUGCCGGAGGGUCUGAAGGACUGGAACCGGGAGAGGAAGGAACACCCGGAGAACCAGGAGAGCCCGGAUGAGCAGGUGGCCCGGCAGAUCUCCAAAGGAAUGCCCUUCUAGAACAUCCAGUACACCAAACCUCCGCUACAAGACAUUUUCACAGGUUCUGUCCAUCCAGGUUCUAUAGCAGAGCUCUGUGUACAGAAUGUUUUCAUCUAGAACCAUCACAUGAACUCUACAUGUGCUUCUAGAACCUAUUUUCAUAUGUUGUGAUCUCAACAAACCACACCAGCUGCAGAACCGAUGCAGAUACAUAUUCAGCACAGGGUUCUCCGCAUUCUGUAGAACCACCCUGCUCGGCUCUAAAUCAUUUCAAUGUAGAAUCUAUUGGAACCCGGUCAUUACCACUUAAAACUCUGACAACAGCUUGAGAAGUGUUCUAUACACCAUAACACAGAUAACUUCUGGUGGGUUCUCAGGUGACAUUUGGUCGAUCAGAACCCUUAACUCUGGAAGCGGUUGUAGAACCUUCUCUAGUGUGUUCUGGUCUCACCUGUCAAACCGUUCUUCGUGCCAAUGUAGAGAACACUGUCUGAGAAAUAGAACACUUCCAUUAGAACUCCUCCACAGAGCUCUAAAACAUUUCUAUAUACUAAUAUAGAAAAGUGGAACCUUUUAGAACCGUGUGAGUCAGGUCUCUAGAAGUAAAAGAGGAAUGUUCUAGAAGGGACUGUGUUCUGAUCCCAUGUCUCUAUCGGGAGUUCUACAGCUUCCUCAGAACUGUUCCCAUUUGUUCUGCUCUCACUGAACAGCAGCCCAACAGAACCCUAGCUGCAUCCUGUAGAACCCUCCUGAGUUCUAAAAGAAUUCUAUGUAGAACCUAACACUGUCUGCUGUAACGCAUGUUCUAUUUUCAAACUUUUAAUAGCAGCUUUAGAACGUAGCCCAUAGAGGUAUUUACGUUCUCAGCCCAUAGAGGGUUCUUGGUUCUCCAGUGUGUUCUUUGUGAUGUUCUGGAAGUCAAAUGCUACAGAUUUAAGGUCUUGAAUAGAACAGGCUUAGACCUGUACUGUCAGAGGUUCUAUAGUUCCAUCAGAACUCGACAGGUGUUGGUAGAACCAUUAGUUCUGUUCCUGUUGGUUCUACAUCCCUUUUCUGUAGAACCUUGUCAUUCAGAACCCUGCCGUUGGUUCUCAGCGGUGUCGUGGAACGUUGUGUAUCCAACAUCUUGCUUCGCAGUCGAGGUUCUCCAACAGAACCUCCUUCUUCUGUAUUUAUUUAUUGUGGUGUGCGCUGUUGGUUGAGGCUGCGUAGCCAUGGUAACUGGCCAUCAGAGCUGCCGGGGUGUUGAUGGUUACGGGUCGGUGUCAGUCAGCGGGCGCACGAUGCUGUGAACGUGUCAUAAAUGUGUUGAAAUAAAGUCUGACGAACAUCAACUAUCACUUUCAGGAACAUCAUGAAACCAUUAAAGGUUCUUGAACAGAACCCAAGUGUCAAACCAUUUUUACUGGAUGGAGACCAGACUGAUUUAUUUAUUUGAAGGUUUUUAUUCCACAUUGUUUUUGUUCUGGUUUGUUUCACACGGAUGAACAGAUGUAGAACGUCUCCAUAAGAAAGAAGAAUAAACAUAUUUUUAUGAUUUAAAA